AUGGUUAUGUUUGAAAAAUUUUUAUGCAAAAUAUUUUCUGGUCAAUGCCAAUUAAUAUCUCUUCACCUUGAUAUAAGUGAAGCAUCUCCUAGUAUUCAUCAAUGUUUAAAGUCACAUUCCUCGACUUUUUCAUCAAAUAAUAUUGUUGAUCUAUUUCAUUCGAAUUGUUUAACUUUACGUUAUUUGCACAUUCGUAGUCGAUAUCCAUGUUUUCUUGAACAUCUUAUUGAACAUGUACCUAAUCUCGAACAAUUAACAAUUUGUUUUCAAUAUUUAAGAAUGGAUUUUGUUGAAGGUUAUUCAAACAUUCAAAAAUUGGUAACGUCAAAUGUAAAUUGGUCUAAUAAAGUAAGACAAAUAUAA